UCUAGCUAAAAAAAUAUUUCUGUGGCACGUUGUUAUUGUUGAUUUUUUUGUUAUGUGAUUAAUUUAUUUCGAGUUACUUGGUAUAAAUUGAUCGUCUCUCUGCCUGUUUAAGCUUUCCAACUAUUUUGUUGAUCGAAUUUUUGCAGCUCAGAUUGGGGAAAAAGUGAGACUGCUUCAACUGUUCAAGGUAUGUUCUAAAGAGUUCUUUGCACGUGGAUUUGAAUAAAUUGAAGUGGGAAUGGAGUGUGUGGUUCAGGGAAUUAUUGAGACUCAACAUGUUGAGGCCCUGGAAAUUUUGCUUCAAGGGCUUUGUGGUGUACAUAAACAAAGCUUAAGGAUCCAUGAACUGUGCCUUAAAAGUGUUCCAAACCUAGGCUUAGUAGCAUCAGACAUACGGCUCUUAUGUGAUCUUGAGCAGCCAGAACCUGCAUGGACUGUUAGACAUGUUGGUGGUCCGAUGAGAGGCGCUGGUGCUGAACAAAUCUCAGUCUUGGUGAGACCAAUGCAAGAAAGCAAAAUAAGCAAGAAUGCAUUACGCUUAUUUUAUUCACUUGGCUACAAGCUAGACCACGAGCAGCUGAGAGUCGGUUUUGCAUUUCAUUUCCAAAGAGGUGCCCAGAUAACUGUAACAGUUUCAUCCAUCAACAAGAUGUUGAAACCUCAUGCUAUCGAUGAUGCAGUGCCUGUGACACCGGGCAUACAGCUAGUUGAAGUGACUGCACCAGCUUCAUCUGAAAAUUACAAUGAAGUUGUUGCAUCUGUAUCGUCCUUCUGUGAAUAUCUUGCACCGCUCCUUCACUUGUCAAAACCCGGUGUCUCAACAGGGGUUGUUCCUACUGCAGCUGCAGCUGCUGCAUCUCUCAUGUCUGAUGGUGGAGGCACAAAGUGACUGAAAAAAAUGUAGUAUUACUCAGUACCAUUUUUCUAUCUUACAUUUUUGUUGCGGUUAUCAUAGCUGAAGGAGGAGACAUAUUUCGCCAUGCUCAAUGUUUGUCCUUCUGUAAUUGACGUUAAAUACCUGAUCAUCGAUAUGCAACAGUGCUCAUGCAUAGAAUAGAGUUAUAAUACCCUUUGGUAUUGAAAUUGCGAAAAAACAAAGCACAGCAGUGCUCUCUUUGAUCUAUAAUUGUUUCUCUUUUCUUGUUGAUGUGUUGUGCUCAAAGCACAUGAGAUGUCUAAGUGUUCUUGGUCUGUGAUUAUAUUUGGUUCUUUGGGCAGUAAGCUCAGUUUUAAA